GGAGUGUCCUGUUCUGUAGCCAAGAUGUGGCCAUCCGUGUCCAUCCUGUGUGUCCUGGUGGCCUUUGCCAAUGCUCGCAGCAUUCCUUACUACCCUCCUCUCUCCAGCGACUUGGUCAACCACAUAAACAAGCUCAACACCACCUGGAAGGCAGGGCACAAUUUCCACAACACUGACAUGAGCUAUGUGAAGAAGCUCUGCGGCACCUUCCUGGGUGGACCCAAGCUCCCCGAGAGGGUAGAUUUUGCUGCAGACAUGGAGCUGCCCGAUAACUUUGACUCACGGACGCAGUGGCCUAACUGUCCCACCAUCAAUGAGAUAAGAGACCAGGGCUCUUGUGGCUCUUGCUGGGCUUUCGGUGCCGUAGAAGCGAUUUCGGACAGAAUCUGCGUUCACACGAACGCCAAGGUGAGCGUGGAGGUCUCGGCGGAGGACUUGCUGUCGUGCUGCGGCUUCGAGUGUGGCAUGGGGUGCAACGGUGGUUACCCCUCCGGCGCGUGGAGGUACUGGACAGAGAGGGGCCUCGUGUCCGGGGGUCUCUAUGAUUCCCAUGUGGGCUGCCGUCCCUACUCCAUCCCACCCUGUGAGCACCACGUCAACGGCUCCCGACCACCGUGCACCGGGGAGGGAGGGGAAACCCCCAGGUGCAGCCGGCACUGCGAACCCGGCUACUCGCCCUCGUACAAGGAGGACAAGCACUAUGGCAUCACAUCGUACGGUGUCCCUCACAGCGAGAAGGAGAUCAUGGCGGAGAUCUACAAGAAUGGCCCAGUGGAAGGAGCCUUUAUUGUCUAUGAGGACUUCCUCAUGUACAAGUCUGGGGUCUACCAACACGUGUCCGGCGAGCAGGUUGGAGGUCACGCGAUCCGGAUCCUGGGCUGGGGGGUGGACAACGGCACUCCGUACUGGCUGGCCGCCAACUCCUGGAACACCGACUGGGGGGACAAUGGCUUCUUCAAAAUCCUCCGAGGAGAGGACCACUGCGGCAUCGAGUCUGAGAUCGUGGCCGGCAUCCCCAGGACGGAGCAGUACUGGAAGAGGGUGUAACCUUGAUCAAACCACAAAUAAUCCUGAGUCCCCGAUGCUUUUAACUGAUAGUGGGUCGGGUGCAGAGCUCCCCCCCCAAGAGACUAUAGUUGAGGUUACUUUAUUAAAGCUUUUUAUCUUUU